AAGCCCAGAGUCUCCACCAGUGGACAGCAGAGCAGGAGUCUUGUGUCCAGUGCUCAGAAGAACGUGGGAAGUGUCAGUCCUCCGUGUCCAGUGAGAAGUUGGAAGGAUGAAGAUGCUUUUCUUGCUGCUUCUGUCUUGGAGCCUGAUCCUGGACACCGAAGUGUCCAGCUCUCCUCUGUCCAGGAGCUCUAUAGUGGGUGGUGAGGAUGCGAAGGAGGGACAGUGGCCCUGGAUGGCUUAUCUCACAAUCUUGAAAGAGAAGAAGAAUUUUUGUUUUAAGUGUGGUGGCUCUCUGAUCAGUGAUCACUGGAUUCUCACUGCUGCACACUGCCUGGUACAAGCCACAGUGGUGCAGGUGGCCCUGGGGGCUUUACAGCUGCAGAACCCUCCCAAGUACCAGGGCCUAGCAAAAACGAUCAUCAUACAUGAGAAGUACACUCAGGCUGAAACAGCGUUUGACAUCGGCCUGGUGGAGCUUGAGGACAAGGUGUCUUUCAGUCAGUGGAUCAGUCCUGUGAAUCUGCCCUCACGCUCUGAAAACAUCAGCCCAGGCUUGCAGUGCUGGGCUACAGGCUGGGGGAAUAUUCGAGAAAACGUGAGCCUGAAAUAUCCUUACACUCUACAGGAAGUCCAGAUCCCCAUUGUAGACAACCAGCAAUGUAAUCAGAUGUACAACGGCAUCAUUAGACCAGACAUGAUAUGUGCUGGGUUCUACUGGGGAGGGAAGGAUGCCUGCCAGGGAGACUCUGGAGGUCCUCUCGUCUUCAAGAAGGGGGAUGAUUGGGUCCAGGCUGGGAUUGUGAGCUUUGGAAGAGGUUGUGCUGAACCCAACUCUCCUGGCGUCUACACCCGCGUCUCCAGCUUCAGGGACUGGAUACAGACAGAGUCUGGGGUCUGAGUCUGACCUCAGAAACCCAGCAGCUCCCUCUCCUGACUCAGACCUGGAGCUUCCAGAUCUGAUUGUUGCUUAUGCCAGCAAUUCACCAGCUCCUCUCUCUACUGUUGUGUGUGUUUAUUACUGAGGGAUUAAUCUCGUCUCUCCUCUCUCCCUCUCACUGUGUCUCCUGUCCUGUUGUUGGUGUUUAUUACCUGGAGAUUCUGUGUUUUCUCCUUUCAGUGUAUCUUCUGACCUCUCUCCCUGGUGAGACUCUUGGCUCUGCUCUGCCUGCUGUGAAAGAUCACUUGUAUUGUGACUCAAUAAAGCUCCAAGCAUUCAAA